UAGCAAUUCGGGAGGAAGGAAUACUACCUUUCCUGAUACCCGUGGAAGCUUUCUUUCCUUGUUCAUCACUACUGAUACACAGCCCGAUUGCUGUUUCAAUUGGUACUUAGAAGAUUCCUCUCAUCAUGCCGUUCUUUUCGCAGCUUCGUCGCCGCUCCAGACCUAGUUUUCGUGCCACCAAAUCAAAUGAGACGAAAUCCAAUGAGUCGCAAUCGAACAGUGAAAUGACCUCAGGGAAGUCUUCUUCCACUCUUGAUACGGCCUCAUACAGCUCCCUCACUCCACCAUCCUCCAUUAAGCCCACCACUUCGUCACCGAAUCUCCCUUCGUUGAGUGAGACCAAUGGCAGUACCACUGGCAAUAAUUCUUCACUGUCGGUACCGCCUCAGCGACCGGCUCCCCACACGUCCCCAUCUCAGCGCAGUAGCAUGGUUGGUAGCAUCAAUGGCGGGGCUCGGACACCAACCCCUUCGUCACCGUAUGCUCCCAGAAUUAUUUCUAUUGCAGAUAACUCUUGGGUGCAUCAAAAAGUACUCCUCGUCUACGGCCAGAUUGGAGACCCAAGACAACAUCCGCUGGACGGAAGCGUAACGGUCUACCAUCAUCAGGAUGGGUUCCCACCAGUCAGCUGGCCUGUCACAUCGUCUCAUUUCAAGGUUCUAGUACACCUUACCCCAGGUCCUAAUCGUCUGCGCUUUGAUUUUAUUUCAACCAAGCUGUCUGCAGGCAGUUCUUAUCCUGCCGCGCAUUCAUCCUGGAUUUGUAUCAACUACCUUCCGCUGGUGAACGCUCCGCCUUUGCAUCUGGUAGUCUUGCUAGGAAAGGACUCCGAUGGAACGUUUGAUGCUACGCCGGCGGAAAUACAGCGCGAAGGCCAUGGUCUAGAAACUGCCAUUCGAAAGUAUCGGAUGGCCGCAUAUUUAUGGCAAGCCUUUACUGGCGAGCAAAUGUUCCGGAACAAUUUCGGUAGACGAUGUUUCCGCUUCGAAGAAGAGUGGCAGAGUGGGACUCUGAGCCGUCGGGAUACAGCUAAUGGGCAGAUGCGGAAUGAAGCUAAAGUCCAUGUCAUUCGGACUGAUAAGACGGUCGCUGAGCUUCGGGAUCUCAAUAUAGCCCAACAACAUGGCCCGGCUACCAAGAAGGACGAACUAUUUAAAAUCGCCAAGGAUGCUGUGAAGAGCUAUCUGCAUCUUCAGCCAGGCCAGAAGCAGUACGUCUCAGUCCUACUCCUGGAUUCCCACUGGGACACGGGUUCCCAGACUAUCACGGGUCACGCUGCCCUAGGGUCAGGCGGAGAUGAUGUUAAAAUGGCCAUAUUUGGAUCCCAUAGCCUUCACAGCUAUCCCUCCAGUCUAGAGGAAGUUGUAGAUGCCUUUUCAGAUUGCACCCGGACGGACACGGAUUUCGUCGCCAACGACUGCAGUGAAGCUGGGUCACGAUGGGAGUCCGCCAAUAUUGGAAUUGGAGCCCACCUCCAUGAAGUGGGACAUCUCUUUGGAUGUCCGCAUCAAGAGUCAGGUAUCAUGCUCCGUGAUUACGUCCGUUUUAAUCGGUCAUUCAUGACGCGCGAGCCGUUCUCGACCCGUACUAAGACUCAAGGGCUCAAGUUGUGCUUACCUCAGGAUGAAUGCGGCUGGCACCGACUUGAUGCACUACGGUUCCGCUUCCAUCCUUGCUUCCGACUUCCCGGGGACGCUCCUAUGAGCUCGGAUGAUAGCGUGCAAGUCUGGCCCGUCGAGAAUGGUAAAAUCCUGAUUACCGCGACAACUGGCAUUGCGUUUCUGGAGCUAUAUGCUGAGGGUGCCGAUGUUUGCCAUAAUUUCAUUGAGUAUAUCAACACAGAAUCAAGCAGCAAUGGGCUCCCGCGGCAGGUGACAGUGACGGAGAGUGAGCUUCGACAACGUGUGUUCGGCACUGAUAAAGAGAAGAAAAAGGACAUCAGACUGACGGUCUUCUCCGGUGCCCUUGGCAGCCACACCGUUGAUUCCCUCAAUGAUCUCAAGUCGAAGCAAUCGGUAGUGAAACUGCCGAAGGGCCAUACUGGUUACAAGGGCAGUAAAUUAGGAUUUUCACAGAUGGAAGGCAGUCAACCAGAUCAGCUUCUUUUAGACUGCGCCUUCGCAUCAACGAAAUUGCUGACCUCGAUUCGGGUCUAUCACGGCGCGGCAGUAGAUGGGUUGGAGUUCUUUUACGAAGAUGCGACUAGCCAGCUCUUUGGGAAACGAGGAGGUAAACCUGGCGGUGAUGAUUUCGUUCUUGAUACACGACGAGGAGAAAUUCUGCUGGGCUUUUAUAUCCGAGCGGGGGCUUGGAUUGACGGAAUAGAGAUCCUUACGAGUCAAGGGAGGAAGUCUGGCUUUUUUGGCAAUGCUCAUGGGGGCUCAGGGCACACAUUAAUCCCACCUCUUGGUUAUAAAAUAGCCGGCAUCUCAGGAUCCUGUGGUGCCUGGGUGGAUGGAUUCUCAUUAGUUAUCAUGCACUAAACUUAUAUCGACACUACAUGCCUUCAAUAUCCCAACAGCAAUAUACAGACGAAGACCUUUCGGUCAGUUAAAGCACGGAACACUCCCGGUUUUAAGCCGACCGUCUCUUUUCGGUGCAGGAGUCUUCGGAGGACCUUAGUUCCUUCUAAGUCCCAAGAGGACAGACAGUCUCCACUAAACGCGCAUUGAGCUCUGGGUCCAGGAAUCCUACGUAUAUCAAAUCUCACCUCGAGCGACUCUCAGGAUGAGGUGGAACAAGAUUACUUCCUUAAUUUUCUUUUCUUUGAAACCAGUUUCUUUUCGUCGACAUACAUCGCGUGAUUUCGCCUUUCUAUACAGAACAUAGUUCGGGUUCCCAUUGGC